AUGUGUGAUGACUUUUGGGAUAUAAAUGAUGCUAAAGUUGUCUGCAGAGAAGUUGGUUGUGGACAGGGUCUGUCUGCCAUAGGGAAUGCAUAUUUUGGGAUUGGCUCAGGUCCUAUUACUUUGGAUAAUAUUCAAUGCACAGGGAAUGAGUCUCAUCUUUCUGAGUGUUCAUCCAAUCCACUUCUGCAGCACAACUGCAUUCACUCUGAAGAUGCUGGUGUCACUUUUGCAGCAGUGAAAGCUACUCCCACUGAUAAGUUAGAAAGCUUUGCUCCAACACAGAAAGGCUUGGAGGCAGGUUCAGAAUCUUCCUUACCAUUACGUCUUGUGAAUGGAACCAAUCGCUGUUCAGGUCGAGUUGAGAUUUAUUACAACUCACAGUGGGGUACUGUGUGUGAUGACUAUUGGGAUAUAAAUGAUGCCAAGGUUGUCUGCAAAGAAGCUGGUUGUGGGCAGGCUGUUUCUGCCCUAGGAAAUGCAUAUUUUGGGAUGGGCUCAGGUCCUAUUACUUUGGAUGAUGUCAGGUGCACAGGAAAUGAAUCUCAUCUUUCAGAGUGUUCAGCCCGUCCACUUCUGCAGCACAAUUGCGUUCACUCUGAAGAUGCUGGUGUCACUUGUACAGAUGUGGGCUGUAACAUUCCAUUACCAUUACGUCUUGUGAAUGGAACCAAUCGCUGUUCAGGUCGAGUUGAGAUUUAUUACAACUCAAAGUGGGGUACUGUAUGUGAUGACGAUUGGGAUAUAAAUGAUGCCAAAGUUGUCUGCAGAGAACUUGGUUGUGGACAGGCUGUCUCUGCUGUAGGGAAUGCAUAUUUUGGGAUGGGCUCAGGUCCAAUUACUUUGGAUGAUGUCCGGUGCAGAGGAAAUGAAUCUCAUCUUUCAGAGUGUUCAGCCCGUCCACCUCUGCAGCACAAUUGCAUUCACUCUGAAGAUGCUGGAGUCACUUGUGCAGGUAACAUUCCCUUACCAUUACGUCUUGUGAAUGGAACCAAUCGCUGUUCAGGUCGAGUUGAGAUUUAUUAUAACUCAAAGUGGGGUACUGUGUGUGACGAUGAUUGGGAUAUACAUGAUGCCAAAGUUGUCUGCAGAGAAGUUGGUUGUGGACAGGCUGUUUCUGCCCUAGGAAAUGCAUAUUUUGGGAUGGGCUCAGGUCCUAUUACUUUGGAUGAUGUCCGGUGCACAGGAAAUGAAUCUCAUCUUUCAGAGUGUUCAGCCCGUCCACCUCUGCAGCACAAUUGCGUUCACUCUGAAGAUGCUAGCGUCACUUGUGCAGGUAACAUUCCAUUACCAUUACGUCUUGUGAAUGGAACCAACCGCUGUUCUGGUCGAGUUGAGAUUUAUUACAACUCAAAGUGGGGUACUGUAUGUGAUGAUGAUUGGGAUAUACAUGAUGCCAAAGUUGUCUGCAGAGAACUUGGUUGUGGACAGGCUGUUUCUGCCCUAGGAAAUGCAUAUUUUGGGAUGGGCUCAGGUCCUAUUACUUUGGAUGAUGUCCGGUGCACAGGAAAUGAAUCUCAUCUUUCAGAGUGUUCAGCCCGUCCACCUCUGCAGCAAUGCGUUCACUCUGAAGAUGCUGGCGUCACUUGUGCAGGCAACAUUCCCUUACCAUUACGUCUUGUGAAUGGGACCAAUCGCUGUUCAGGUCGAGUUGAGAUUUAUUAUAACUCAAAGUGGGGUACUGUGUGUGACGAUGAUUGGGAUAUACAUGAUGCCAAAGUUGUCUGCAGAGAAGUUGGUUGUGGACAGGCUGUUUCUGCCCUAGGAAAUGCAUAUUUUGGGAUGGGCUCAGGUCCUAUUACUUUGGAUGAUGUCCGGUGCACAGGAAAUGAAUCUCAUCUUUCAGAGUGUUCAGCCCGUCCACCUCUGCAGCACAAUUGCGUUCACUCUGAAGAUGCUAGCGUCACUUGUGCAGGUAACAUUCCAUUACCAUUACGUCUUGUGAAUGGAACCAAUCGCUGUUCUGGUCGAGUUGAGAUUUAUUACAACUCAAAGUGGGGUACUGUAUGUGAUGAUGAUUGGGAUAUACAUGAUGCCAAAGUUGUCUGCAGAGAACUUGGUUGUGGACAGGCUGUUUCUGCCCUAGGAAAUGCAUAUUUUGGGAUGGGCUCAGGUCCUAUUACUUUGGAUGAUGUCCGGUGCACAGGAAAUGAAUCUCAUCUUUCAGAGUGUUCAGCCCGUCCACCUCUGCAGCACAAUUGCGUUCACUCUGAAGAUGCUGGCGUCACUUGUGCAGGUAACAUUCCAUUACCAUUACGUCUUGUGAAUGGAACCAAUCGCUGUUCUGGUCGAGUUGAGAUUUAUUACAACUCACAGUGGGGUACUGUGUGUGAUGACUUAUGGGAUAUAAAUGAUGCCAAAGUUGUCUGCAGAGAACUUGGUUGUGGACAGGCUGUUUCUGCCCUAGGAAAUGCAUAUUUUGGGAUGGGCUCAGGUCCAAUUACUUUGGAUGAUGUCCGGUGCACAGGAAAUGAAUCUCAUCUUUCAGAGUGUUCUGCCCGUCCACUUCUGCAGCACAAUUGCUUUCACUCUGAAGAUGCUGGCGUCACUUGUGCAGGUAUGAAACAACUCUUACCGUUACGUCUUGUGAAUGGAACUAAUCGCUGUUCUGGUCGAGUUGAGAUUUAUUACAAGUCACAAUGGGGUACUGUGUGUGAUGACUUAUGGGAUAUAAAUGAUGCCAGAGUGGUCUGCAGAGAAGUUGGUUGUGGACAGGCUGUUUCUGCCGUAGGGAAUGCAUAUUUUGGGAUGGGCUCAGGUCCUAUUACUUUGGAUGACGUCCAGUGCAGAGGCAAUGAAUCUCAUCUUUCAGAGUGUUCAGCCAGUCCACUUUUGCAGCACAAUUGCAUUCACUGUGAAGAUGCUGGUGUCACUUGUGCAGCAAGUAACAUUUCCAUAACAUUAUGUCUUGUGAAUGGACCCAAGCACUGUUCUGGUUGAGUUGAGAUCUAUUACAACUCACAGUAGGGUACUAUGUGUGAUGACCUAUGGGAUAUAAAUUAUGCCAACAUUGUCUGGAGAGAAGUUGGUUGUAGACAGGCUGUUUCUGCUGAGGGGAAUGCAUAUUUUGGGAUGAGCUCAGGUCCUAUUACUUUGGAUGAUGUCCAGUGCAGAGGGAAUGAAUGUCAUCUUUCAAAGUUUUCAGCCAAUCCACUUCUGUAGCACAACUGCCGACAUGAAGAUGCUGGUGUCACAUGUGCAGCAGGGAACAUUUCCUUACCAUUACGUCUUGUGAAUGGAACCAAUCGCUGUUCUGGUCGAGUUGAGAUUUAUUACAACUCACAGUGGGGUACUGUGUGUGAUGACUUAUGGGAUAUAAAUGAUGCCAGAGUGGUCUGCAGAGAAGUUGGUUGUGGACAGGCUGUUUCUGCUGUAGGGAAUGCAUAUUUUGGGAUGGGUUCAGGUCCUAUUACUUUGGAUGACGUCCAGUGCAGAGGGAAUGAAUCUCAUCUUUCAGGGUGUUCAGCCCGUCCACUUCUGCAGCACAACUGCGCUCACUUUGAAGAUGCUGGAGUCACUUGUGCAGGAGCUCCCAUUCCCUUACCAUUACGUCUUGUGAAUGGAACCAAUCGCUGUUCUGGUCGAGUUGAGAUUUAUUACAAUUCACAGUGGGGUACUGUGUGUGAUGAUGGAUGGGAUAUAAAAGAUGCCAAUGUUGUCUGCAGAGAAGUUGGUUGUGGACAGGCUGUUUCUGCCUUGGGAAAUGCAUAUUUUGGAAAGGGCUUAGGUCCUAUUACUCUGGAUGAUGUCCAGUGCAGCGGGACUGAAUCUCUUCUUUCAGAGUGUUCAGCCCGUCCACUUCUGCAACACAACUGCCAACACUUUGAAGAUGCUGGCGUCACUUGUAAAGGUGACAUUCCCUUACCAUUACGUCUUGUGAAUGGAACCAAUCGCUGUUCUGGUCGAGUUGAGAUUCAUUACAAGUCAAAGUGGGGUACUGUGUGUGAUGACAGAUGGGAUAUAAAUGAUGCCAAUGUUGUCUGCAGAGAAGUUGGUUGUGGACAGGCUGUUUCUGCUGUAGGAAAUGCAUAUUUUGGAAAGGGCUCAGGUCCUAUUACUCUGGAUGAUGUCCAGUGCAGAGGGAAUGAAUCUCUUCUUUCAGAUUGUUUAGCCAAUACACUUCUGCAGCACGACUGCCAACACUCUGAAGAUGCUGGCAUCACUUGUAAAGGUAACAUUCCUUUACCAUUACGUCUUGUGAAUGGAACCAAUCGCUGUUCUGGUCGAGUUGAGAUUUAUUACAAGUCACAGUGGGGUACUGUGUGUGAUGACGGAUGGGAUAUAAAUGAUGCCAAUGUUGUCUGCAGAGAAGUUGGUUGUGGACAGGCUGUUUCUGCCGUGGGAAAUGCAUAUUUUGGAAAGGGCUCAGGUCCUAUUACUCUGGAUGAUGUCCAGUGCAGAGGGAGUGAAUCUCUUCUUUCAGAUUGUUCAGCCAGUACACUUCUGCAGCACAACUGCGGUCACUCUGAAGAUGCUGGCGUCACUUGUAAAGGUAACAUUCCCUUACCAUUACGUCUUGUGAAUGGAACCAAUCGCUGUUCUGGUCGAGUUGAGAUUUAUUACAAGUCACAGUGGGGUACUGUGUGUGAUGACGGAUGGGAUAUAAAUGAUGCCAAUGUUGUCUGCAGAGAAGUUGGUUGUGGACAGGCUGUUUCUGCCAUGGGAAAUGCAUAUUUUGGAAAGGGCUCAGGUCCUAUUACUCUGGAUGAUGUCCACUGUAGAGGGAGUGAAUCUCUUCUUUCAGAUUGUUCAGCCAGUACACUUCUGCAGCACAACUGCGGUCACUCUGAAGAUGCUGGUGUCACUUGUAAAGGUAACAUUCCCUUACCAUUACGCCUUGUCAAUGGAACCAGUCGCUGUUCUGGUCGAGUUGAGAUUUAUUACAAGUCACAGUGGGGUACUGUGUGUGAUGAUGGAUGGGAUAUAAAUGAUGCCAAUGUUGUCUGCAGAGAAGUUGGUUGUGGACAGGCUGUUUCUGCUGUAGGAAAUGCAUAUUUUGGAAAAGGCUCAGGUCCUAUUACUCUGGAUGAUGUCCACUGCAGAGGGAAUGAAUCUCUUCUUUCAGAUUGUUCAGCCAGUACACUUCUGCAGCACAACUGCCAACACUCUGAUGAUGCUGGAGUCACUUGUAAAGGUAACAUUCCUUUACCAUUACGUCUUGUCAAUGGAACCAAUCGCUGUUCUGGUCGAGUUGAGAUUUAUUACAAGUCACAGUGGGGUACUGUGUGUGAUGACGGAUGGGAUAUAAAUGAUGCCAACGUUGUCUGCAGAGAAGUUGGUUGUGGACAGGCUGUUUCUGCCGUUGGAAAUGCAUAUUUUGGAAAGGGUUCAGGUCCUAUUACUCUGGAUGAUGUCCAGUGCAGAGGGAAUGAAUCUCUUCUUUCAGAUUGUUCAGCCAGUACACUUCUGCAGCACAACUGCCAACACUCUGAUGAUGCUGGCAUCACUUGUAAAGGUGACAUUCCCUUACCUUUACGUCUUGUAAAUGGAACCAAUCGCUGUUCUGGUCGAGUUGAGAUUUAUUACAAGUCACAGUGGGGUACUGUGUGUGAUGACGGAUGGGAUAUAAAUGAUGCCAAUGUUGUCUGCAGAGAAGUUGGUUGUGGACAGGCUGUUUCUGCCGUGGGAAAUGCAUAUUUUGGAAAGGGCUCAGGUCCUAUUACUCUGGAUGAUGUCCACUGCAGAGGGAAUGAAUCUCUUCUUUCAGAUUGUUCAGCCAGUACACUUCUGCAGCACAACUGCGGUCACUCUGAAGAUGCUGGCGUCACUUGUAAAGGUAACAUUCCCUUACCAUUACGUCUUGUCAAUGGAACCAAUCGCUGUUCUGGUCGAGUUGAGAUUUAUUACAAGUCACAGUGGGGUACUCUGUGCGACGAUGGAUGGGAUAUGAAAGAUGCCAAUGUUGUCUGCAGAGAAGUUGGUUGUGGAGAGGCUGUUUCUGCCGUGGGAAAUGCAUAUUUUGGAAAGGGCUCAGGUCCUAUUACUCUGGAUGAUGUCCAGUGCAGAGGGAAUGAAUCCCUUCUUUCAGAUUGUUCAGCCAGUACACUUCUGCAGCACAACUGCCAACACUCUGAUGAUGCUGGCGUCACUUGUAACUUUCCUUUACCAUUACGUCUUGUGAAUGGAACCAAUCGCUGUUCUGGUCGAGUUGAGAUUUAUUACAAGUCACAGUGGGGUACUGUGUGUGAUGAUAGAUGGGAUAUAAAAGAUGCCAGGGUGGUCUGCAGAGAAGUUGGUUGUGGACAGGCUGUUUCUGCCUUGGGAAAUGCACAUUUUGGAAAGGGCUCAGGUCCUAUUACUCUGGAUGAUGUCCAGUGUAGAGGGAGUGAAUCUCUUCUUUCAGAUUGUUCAGCCAGUACACUUCUGCAGCACGACUGCCAACACUCUGAAGAUGCUGGCGUCACUUGUAAAGGUAACUUUCCUUUACCGUUACGUCUUGUGAAUGGAACCAAUCGCUGUUCUGGUCGAGUUGAGAUUUAUUACAACUCACAUUGGGGUACUGUGUGUGAUGACUUAUGGGAUAUAAAUGAUGCCAAUGUUGUCUGCAGAAAUGUUGGUUGUGGACAGGCUGUUUCUGCCGUAGGGAAUGCAUAUUUUGGGAUGGGCUCAGGUCCUAUUACUUUGGAUGACGUCCAGUGCAGAGGCAAUGAAUCUCAUCUUUCAGAGUGUUCAACCCUUCCACUUCUGCAGCACAAUUGCAUUCACUCUGAAGAUGCUGGUGUCACUUGUGCAGGAAGCAUUCACUUACCAUUACGUCUUGUGAAUGGAACCAAUCGCUGUUCUGGUCGAGUUGAGAUUUAUUACAACUCACAGUGGGGUACUGUGUGUGAUGACUUAUGGGAUAUAAAUGAUGCCAGGGUGGUCUGCAGAGAAGUUGGCUGUGGACAAGCUAUUUCUGCUGUAGGGAAUGCAUAUUUUGGGAUGGGCUCAGGUCCUAUUACUUUGGAUGAUGUCCAGUGCAGAGGCAAUGAAUCUCAUCUUUCAGAGUGUUCAGCCAGUCCACUUCUGCAGCACAAUUGCAUUCACUCUGAAGAUGCUGGUGUCACUUGUACAGAGGAGGGCAGUAGCAUUCCCUUACCAUUACGUCUUGUGAAUGGAACCAAUCGCUGUUCUGGUCGAGUUGAGAUUUAUUACAACUCACAGUGGGGUACUGUGUGUGAUGACUUAUGGGAUAUAAAUGAUGCCAGAGUGGUCUGCAGAGAAGUUGGUUGUGGGCAGGCUGUUUCUGCUGUAGGGAAUGCAUAUUUUGGGAUGGGCUCAGGUCCUAUUACUUUGGAUGACGUCCAGUGCAGAGGGAAUGAAUCUCAUCUUUAUGAGUGUUCAGCCAGUCCACUUCUGCAGCACAACUGCCAACACUCUGAAGAUGCUGGUGUCACUUGUGCAGGAAGCAUUCCCUUACCAUUACGUCUUGUCAAUGGAACUAAUCGCUGUUCUGGUCGAGUUGAAAUUUAUUACAACUCACAGUGGGGUACUGUGUGUGAUGACUUGUGGGAUAUAAAUGAUGCCAGGGUGGUCUGCAGAGAAGUUGGUUGUGGACAAGCUAUUUCUGCCGUAGGGAAUGCAUAUUUUGGGAUGGGCUCAGGACCUAUUGCUUUGGAUGAUGUCCAGUGCAGAGGUAAUGAAUCUCAUCUUUCAGAGUGUUCAGCCAUUCCACUUUUGCAGCACAACUGCAUUCACUCUGAAGAUGCUGGUGUCACUUGUGCAGGUAACAUUCCCUUACCAUUACGUCUUGUGAAUGGAACCAAUCGCUGUUCUGGUCGAGUUGAGAUUUAUUACAACUCACAGUGGGGUACUGUGUGUGAUGACGGAUGGGAUAUAAAUGAUGCCAGAGUGGUCUGCAGAGAAGUUGGUUGUGGGCAGGCUGCUUCUGCUGUAGGGAAUGCAUAUUUUGGGAUGGGCUCAGGUCCUAUUACUUUGGAUGAUGUCCAGUGCAGAGGGAAUGAAUCUCAUCUUUAUGAGUGUUCAGCCAGUCCACUUCUGCAGCACAACUGCCAACACUCUGAAGAUGCUGGUGUCACUUGUGCAGGAAGCAGUCCCUUACCAUUACGUCUUGUGAAUGGAACUAAUCGCUGUUCUGGUCGAGUUGAGAUUUAUUACAAUUUACAGUGGGGUACUGUGUGUGAUGACUUAUGGGAUAUAAAUAAUGCCAGGGUGGUCUGCAGAGAAGUUGGCUGUGGACAAGCUAUUUCUGCUGUAGGGAAUGCAUAUUUUGGGAUGGGCUCAGGUCCUAUUACUUUGGAUGAUGUCCAGUGCAGAGGCAAUGAAUCUCAUCUUUCAGAGUGUUCAGCCAGUCCACUUCUGCAGCACAACUGCCAACACUCUGAAGAUGCUGGUGUCACUUGUGCAGGUAUGAAACAACUCAUUCCCUUACCAUUACGUCUUGUGAAUGGAACUAAUCGCUGUUCUGGUCGAGUUGAGAUUUAUUACAACUCACAGUGGGGUACUGUGUGUGAUGACGGAUGGGAUAUAAAUGAUGCCAGGGUGGUCUGCAGAGAAGUUGGCUGUGGACAAGCUAUUUCUGCUGUAGGGAAUGCAUAUUUUGGGAUGGGCUCAGGUCCUAUUACUUUGGAUGACGUCCAGUGCAGAGGCAAUGAAUCUCAUCUUUCAGAGUGUUCAGCCAAUCCACUUCUGCAGCAUAAUUGCAUUCACUCUGAAGAUGCUGGUGUCACUUGUGCAGGUAGCAUUCCCUUACCAUUACGUCUUGUAAAUGGAACCAAUCGCUGUUCUGGUCGAGUUGAGAUUUAUUACAACUCACAGUGGGGUACUGUGUGUGAUGACUUAUGGGAUAUAAAUGAUGCCAGAGUGGUCUGCAGAGAAGUUGGUUGUGGGCAGGCUGCUUCUGCUGUAGGGAAUGCAUAUUUUGGGAUGGGCUCAGGUCCUAUUAUUUUGGAUGACGUCCAGUGCAGAGGGAAUGAAUCUCAUCUUUAUGAGUGUUCAGCCAGUCCACUUCUGCAGCACAACUGCCAACACUCUGAAGAUGCUGGUGUCACUUGUGCAGGUAUGAAACAUCUCAUUCCCUUACCAUUACGACUUGUCAAAGGAACUAAUCACUGUUCUGGUCGAGUUUAGAUUUAUUACAACUCACAGUGGGGUACUGUGUGUGAUGACUUAUGGGAUAUAAAUGAUGCCAGGGUGGUCUGCAGAGAACUUGGUUGUGGACAGCUUUCUGACGUAGGGAAUGCAUAUUUUGGGAUGGGUUCAGGUCCUAUUACUCUUGAUGACGUCCAGUGCAGAGGCAAUGAAUCUCAUCAUUCAGAGUAUUCAGCCAGUCCACUUCUGCAGCACAACUGCAUUCACUCUGAAGAUGCUGGUGUCACUGGUGCAGGUGUGAAACAACUCAUUCCCUUACCGUUACGUCUGGUGAAUGGAACCAAUCGUUGUUCUGGUCGAGUUGAGAUUUAUUACAACUCACAGUGGGGUACUGUGUGUGAUGACGGAUGGGAUAUAAAUGAUGCCAGAGUGGUCUGCAGAGAAGUUGGUUGUGGACAGGCUGUUUCUGCCAUAGGGAAUGCAUAUUUUGGGAUGGGAUCUGGUCCUAUUACUUUGGAUGAUGUCCAGUGCAGAGGGAAUGAAUCUUAUCUUUCAGAGUGUUUAGCCAGUCCACUUCUGCAGCACAACUGCCAACACUCUGAAGAUGCUGGUGUCACUUGUGCAGGUAACAUUCCCUUGCCAUUACAUCUUGAAAAUGGAACCAGUCGCUGUUCUGGUCGAGUUGAGAUUUAUUACAACUAACAGUGGGAUACUGUGUGUGAUGACGACUGGGAUAUAAAUUAUGCCAUUGUUGUCUGCAGAGAAGUUGGUUGUGGACAGGCUGUUUCUGCCAUAGGGAAUGCAUAUUUUGGGAUGGGCUCAGAUCCUAUUACUUUGGAAGAUGUCCAGUGCCGAGGGAAUGAAUCUCAUCUUUCAGAGUGUUCAGCCAGUUUACUUCUGCAACACAACUGCCAACACUCUGAAGAUUCUGGAGUCACUUGUGCAGGUAACAUUUCCUUACCAUUACGUCUUGUGAAUGGAACCAAUCGCUGUUCUGGUCGAGUUGAGAUUUAUUACAAGUCACAGUGGGGUACUGUGUGUGAUGACUUAUGGGAUAUAAAUGAUGCCAAAGUGGUCUGCAGAGAAGUUGGUUGUGGACAGGCUGUUUCUGCCGUAGGGAAUGCAUAUUUUGGGAUGGGCUCAGGUCCUAUUACUUUGGAUGAUGUCCAGUGCAGAGGGAAUGAAAAUCAUCUUUCAGAGUGUUCUGCCAGUACACUUCUGCAGCACAAUUGCAUUCACUCUGAAGAUGCUGGGGUCACUUGUAAAGCAGAGGACAGCUCCAAGUUAAAACUAAUGUCUGAUUCCAACUCUGAUGAUGUUCCUGAUAUUCCUAAGGUUGAACAUUCAGCAGAGACAGCUCCAGUUGCUAAGUCUAAUUCUCACUUUUAUGUCAUACGAUUUGAUCUCACUUCCAGAACUGGUGUGAAAUACACAGCGACUUGGACAUAA